AUGACGUCGUCCGAGCAGCCAAAGCCCGUGCGGAGCAAAGAAGAAAAGGCGGCCCGAAGGCUCGCGAAGCUCGCGAAGAAACAAAGCGAAGCCAAGUUGUCGUCCAGCGUGAAGAAGGACAAGGCGAGCAAAAAGGACAAGAAGGACAAGGCGAGCAAAAAGGACAAGAAGGACAAGACGAGCAAGACGAGCAAGAAGCGGAGCCGCAAGGACAACGAGGACGAAGGGGAGGAGAAUGACGACACGGACCCCGUGUCCGAGACGUCGGACGAGAGCGAUGCGGCUGCGCGCUCGGCCUUGAAGAAGCGCAAGAUGGAGAGUGAAAAGACGACAGUGGGCGGCGUUGAGAACCCACGACUGGACGAGUUUGACAUUAGCGACGAAACGCGGACCAACCUUCAAGCACGCGGCAUCCACACGCUCUUUCCUAUCCAAGCCAUGACGUUUGACAAGAUCAUGGCUGGCAAGGAUCUCAUGGGACGAGCGCGCACGGGUAUGGGCAAGACGCUGGCGUUUGCACUGCCCGUGAUUGAACUGCUGUUGAGAGAUACGCGGCCGCGCUCGCGUGGUCGUGCACCUCGUGUGGUGUGCAUGGCGCCGACCCGUGAGCUUGCGAAGCAAGUGGCGUCAGAGUUUGAACUGACGGGUCCGUCGCUCAGCACGGUCUGUAUCUACGGUGGAGCGUCGUACCAGUCACAGAACAACGCGUUUCGUAGCGGUGUGGACAUCUUGGUAGGCACGACGGGUCGUGUGAUUGACCACAUUGACCGGGGCAACUUGCGUCUGCACAACUGCGAGUUUCUGAUUCUCGAUGAGGCCGACACGAUGCUGGAGAUGGGAUUCCGGGAAGACGUGCAGAAAGUGUUUGCUGCAAUGGAGCAGGUACAGAAGGAGAGCACGACGAAACGUCAGACGUUGCUGUUCUCAGCCACGAUCCCCAAGUGGGUAAAGGACGUGGCUGAUAAGUACAUGCAGAAGGCUGAGUUUGUCAACCUCGUGAAAGACUCGGACGAUCAGGCGUCGACGGAUGUGCAGCACAUUGCGAUUCCGUGCCAUUGGCAGGGACGACCGACGUUGCUGGCUAAUUUGCUCGGUGUAUACACGAAGAAGGACACCCGCACGAUCAUUUUUGCAGAGACGAAGAAGGACUGCAAUGAGCUUGCGGUGCAUCCUGAGAUAAAGACUGACAGCCAAGUGCUUCACGGCGACAUUGCGCAGGAACAGCGUGAGACGACGAUGAAAGCGUUUCGUGAGGGUCGGUUGCGUCUGCUGAUUGCCACAGAUGUUGCUGCUCGUGGUCUGGACAUGAACGUUGACCUUGUGAUCAACUCGGAGCCGCCUCGCAAGAUGUCGGGAAUGGCCGACGUAGACACGUACGUUCAUCGAUCGGGUCGUACGGGUCGUGCCGGCAAAAAGGGUAUCUGCAUCACUCUGUACACGAAUCGCCAGCGUGACCAUCUGACUCAAAUUGAGCGCAAGAUCGGCAACAAGUUUGUGAUGAAGGGACCUCCAGAUCAAGAGGACCUGAUCAAGGCCUCAGCUGCCAAGGCGCUGAAGGAAAUCGAGAACGUUGACGCUGCUAUGAUUGAGCUCUUUCGAGAAAAGGCGAGCGAGCUGCUUGAGAGCGGGGAGCCUGAAGAGUGCUUGGCUGCUGCACUGGCCUGUAUUACGGGCCACACCAAAGUACCUCGCCGAACGUCACUCAUGUCUGGCGUACCUGACUACGCGACAGUGCUGUUCACGAGCUCCAACUCGAUUCGCGCCAAAGGCUACGUGUGGAAUGCUUUGAACCGGGACAUUCCCGAGACCAUUGCGAAUGACAUCAAGCAGCUGACCCUGACGGAAGACUCGAUGGGAGCUUGCUUUGAUCUCCCAAUAGCUGGUUUGGAGCUGAUGGACAAAUUGAUCGAGGACGGCGGCGUGCACAGUCCGUACUCGAUUCCGAAGACGCUGCCAAAGCUGCAGCAAUCGUCAUACCAGAUGCGCUCGCAGAGCUUCGGUGGAGGCCGUGGUGGUGGAGGUCGUGGCUAUGGCGGCGGUCGCGGCGGUCGUGGUCGUAGUGGUGGUCGAGGUCGUCGCUUUUGA